CGUCAAACUUCUGGAAACCCACAAACAAAAUUAACACUCUACUUCCUAACUACCAAAAAUCCUUCGCCGCCUCUGCACGCUUCCGGCAACCUUCUCUCCUCCCUUGACUAUUCACAUGACCCGAAACCCGGAAUCUGAACUCGAACCCGGAUCCCGAAAACCGACCCGUACCGGCAUGAGGCUCAUAGUACCCUUACAAGGAAUAGUUCAGGGAAGGGGUGGAUUACUCCUAGGCUCGCUAAUUCCUUGCGCUUUGGUCUAUUUCCUUCAGGUUUACCUCAAACGACACCGUUCUUCUAAAACUCUGUCGCCGUCCACUUCGGCGGAGAACCUCACGGAACUGCCUCGCUCUUCAUCGCGCGCCAAUUUGCUGACGCGUGGAUCCAUUGGGCGCGUCCACGUCUCAUCUAGGGCGAGCUCCAUUGCCAAGCCUAAUGAUUCCCCGUAUUAUAUUGGAUUGGAUAGGGUCCAGGAGGACCCAUAUGACGAAAUAAAUAACCCGAAUGGGAUUAUUCAGCUUGGGUUAUCGGAAAAUAGGUUAUCUUUAGAUUUGAUUGAGGAGUGGCUUUCGAAAAAUUUGAGUGCUUCAAUGCUCGGAGAAGGGGGCAAUGACCUGAACAUUUGUGGAAUUGCUACAUACCGACCCGCGGAUGGACUGAUGGAGCUGAAAGUGGCCAUGGCUGGUUUUAUGACUGAAGUUAUGGGAAGAACGAUAUCGUUUAACCCAUCAUCAGUGGUGUUAUUAUCUGGCGCAACUCCUGCACUUGAGAUACUCAGUUUUUGCUUGGCUGACCAAGGGAAUGCAUUCCUUGUUCCCACACCCUAUUAUCCUGGUUUUGAUAGGGACAUGAGAUGGCGAACAGGUGUCGAGCUAAUUCCUGUUCACUGUCGUAGCUGUGAUGACUUCACUUUAAAUAUAAAGGCUCUUGAUCAAGCCUUUAAUCAGGCAAGAAAACGAGGUCAAAAGGUCCGUGGAGUACUCAUUUCAAAUCCUUCUAAUCCAGUUGGAAACGUGCUGUCCAUGGAUAUGCUCUACAAUCUCCUAGACUUUGCCAGAGAGAGGAACAUUCAUAUAAUAUCUGAUGAAAUAUUUGCUGGUUCAAUGUAUGGCAACGAGGAAUUUGUAAGCAUGGCACAGAUACUCGGCUCUGAAGAUUCUGACAGGGAUAGGGUUCAUAUCAUAUAUGGGCUGUCGAAAGAUUUCUCUCUCCCUGGUUUCAAAGUUGGAGUAAUAUAUUCCUUCAAUGAAAAUGUUUUGGCUGCUUCCAGGAAAUUAGCAAGAUUUGCUUCCAUUUCAGCUCCAACCCAGAGACUAGUAGUUUCAAUGCUUUCUGAUAUAAAAUUUACCCGGGAAUACAUGAAGACAAAUAGAGAAAGAAUAAAGAAGAUGCAUGAUUUAUUUGUAGAGGGUUUGAGAGAGCUGGGAAUUGAAUCUGCAAAAAGCAGUGCGGGUUUAUGUUGCUGGGUUGAUAUGAGCAGAUUAAUCAGCCCUUACAAUGAGAAAGGGGAGCUUGAGCUCUGGGAUAAACUUUCAAAUAUAGCCAAGAUUAAUGUAACUCCUGGGUCAGCCUGCCAUUGUAUUGAACCUGGAUGGUUCAGAUGCUGUUUUACAACAUUAAAUGAAAAGGAGAUUCCUCUAGUAAUAGAAAGAAUCAAAACUCGUAAUAAUUCCACGUUUCAGAAUGGAAUGAACUGGAGUUUGACUUGUUGCAGCAAAAUAUUUGCAUGAAACUAUAAACCAGAUUGCUGAUUUUUCUACAUCAGUUUUAGUUGCAGCUUUCUCUUCCACUUCCUGUGCAAUCCAGUGAUGCCUUUGCCAGGUCCAAAGAUGCAGCAACCCAAUGCAUUCCCCUUAAUAAGAUCCUGUCAUGCAAAAGGUGCAGAAUUAAAAGCCAUCUCAACUUAGAGGCAUGGAUUUGUGCAGUCGGGUAAUUCUACUAUAAAUCUAUGGUAUUUACUAGCAUCAAGAACAUCUAAUUACUGCUGAUUGAAUCAUUAGGGAAAAGCAGGAAAGAAUAAAGUUACCCUGGAUGGCUGUUUAUGAAUUUUAUUUGCUUUCCUUUUGUAACUCAUUCUUCGGCUCAUCAUUAUCAUCUCUCCAAGCGUCAGCAGUGGUCUUUUUACAAGACUGCCGUUGCUUUCAUGUAGCAAAUAUAUAUUUUGUGCAUCUGCUGCGGGAGAAGUGUCCUUCUCUAAGCAGCCACUGUUGUCAAGGAGACUUGACCGAGGUGAUAGAAGAGGAAAGAGCCGCUCCAAGAACGAAGCUCCAACCAAGCUUGUGGUUACUGUUGCACAUCUGCUUGUGCUGCUGUCUGUUUCUGGUGAACCAGGAGUUCGGUCUUGCCCACCAUUGAUUGUUGUCAGUGUAAGUAAAGUUUGCUGCUUGGGAACUGAAUUGAAGAGUGCCGAGCUUGAUAUUAGGCCAUUGGCUAGGAGAGAUGGAGCGGAGCUGAAGGAAUCGCCCAUUACGAAACUGCACGUGUCAAUCUCCGAAUCAAGCGCAUCGUCUCCUUCUCUGUUAUCCUCAAUAUCUUCCUCACUUCCUUCUUCAUCUUGACAGUCUGAACUUGGGAGGUGAUAGGAAACCGAUGCUCAUUGUCUGUGGCAGUGCAGGUUCUGAUUCAGGCAGUGACAGUGAGAAACAUGGAAGUGGUUUUCCGGGCUUCUCUUCCCAUCCAAAGGGAAUAGAUGCAACAAGCUUGACUGGCAGCACAACGGGGUUAAUCGGUCGAGGGAUCGGUUUCCAAUCUUUCUUGGGUGUCCCAGGUUUUUCUUCCCAAACAAAUGGAACAGAAAUUGGCUCUGUCUCUCUUCCUGUCAGAACUCUUAAGAGGCACUAGGUCUUCCAUAUGGGAUUCUUCUCUAUAGUUCCACACCUAUUCCUUUUGCAUAGAAUUCUGCAUGUAUCUUUUGUCUAUAUAGUACCGGAGUAUAAGUGGAUUAGUAUCCAACUAACACUAUUGGAUGAUAAACCCAUAUUUUGUUUUGAAAAUUAGGCUUACCUAAUUUUUAAUUUGAAUAAUAAGGUGGAGUUGUUUUUAA